AUGUCGGCUUUGCUCUCCCUGAUCAGUGCUAUAACACUAGCCCUAGUCCUCCCUGCAGCUGGCCAACCCCCUUCAGCCAGUGCUUCAGCAGCAUGCUCUGCAAUCUCAGCAGCAGGUAUCAAGAGCCUCGGGGCAGCCACAGAUGCUCUGAAUCCCCAAUUCAUAGACGCCAAGAACCACUACUGGUCUGCAGCAAAUGCAGACUUGCACCCUGCCUGUGCCGUUUUCCCAACAUCUGCGGACGAAGUCUCCCAGAUUGUCACCAUCCUACAGAACAAUACUGGUGUGAAUUUUGCGGUCAAGAGCGGGGGACAUAAUCCAAAUGUUGGCUUCUCAUCCACAGAUGGAGGCGUCCUGAUCUCCAUGAGCAAAAUUUCGUCGACUGUGGUAUCUUCUGAUCUCACGACAGCAGAUAUUGGACCAGGUGCUAGGUGGGUUGAGGUUGCCAAAGCUCUAGACCCCUACGGCAUCACCGUAGUUAGUGGCCGAAUUGGGGAUGUCGGAGUUGGUGGCCUUACUCUUGGCGGGGGCUUGAGCUUCUUGAGCGCUGAGUAUGGUAUGGUUUGCGAUAAUGUAAUCAAUUUUGAAGUCGUCCUUGCGGAUGCCUCUAUUGUAAAUGCCAAUGCUUCAAGCAAUACCGGCCUGUACUGGGCUCUUAAAGGAGGUGGAAACCAAUUUGGUAUCGUGACAAAAUUUACAAUGAAAACACAUGUCAUUGGCCAGAUCUGGGGUGGGAUCCGUUCAUAUGAUGCAUCGGAGGCAGCGGCCCUUUUGAAUGCCACCCAAGACUUCAACGCGAAUUACGACAAGCACCCCAAGGCUGCCGUUAUUGUGACCGGAGAAAUAGCUGUUUCGACUCUUCUUGAGUUCUUUGUCGUUUUCUUUUUCUAUGAUGGCCCAACUCCACCUACGGGUGUUUUUGACGCAUUUAAUGCUAUCCCCACUCUAACCGACGGUGUCAAAGUGCAGUCGUACUAUGACCUAGUCAAUAGUAAUGAUGCUACAAAUCUUUAUGGACAGCGCUAUCUUAUCCGAGGUACAACUCUUCCAAAUUUGCCAGGUACGACCGGGAAGGACUUGUACAACUAUCACUAUAAGACAUGGAGUAAAUAUGUCAAGUCCCAGAGCAUUCCUUACCCUGGCUUCAUCUUCAGUAUAGCAUUCCAGCCCAUGCCAUACAUCAUUCCAGCACAAUCCGUUGCAGCUGGUGGAAAUGCACUCGGCAUGAAGCCCACUGAUGGCGAUAGGAUGUGGAUGGAUUACAACUUAUCCUGGUUGACACCCUUGGGAGACGAUACUGCACAUUCAAUGGCUAUGAACAUUACAGCAACAAUUGAUGAGUAUGCUAAGAAAACCUACGUAGGUGUUCCGAGCACCCAUUAUCAAUCGGGAGAUCUAGAAGGGUUAGAGUAUGGCCCCAUAUUCAUGAAUGACGCAACGUAUGAUCAGAAGCCUUUGCAGACCUAUGAGAACGAUGGGUAUAACCGGCUCAAAACUAUUCAGAAAAGCGUGGACCCUGAGGGUUUCUUUCCAGGCCGAACCGGGGGUUUCAAAUUCACCUGA